AUGCCAUUAACCGCCGAAGAGUACUUCAAUAUGAAGCAUGCUACCGCAAGAAAUGUGGUUGAAAGGAUAUUCGGUAUUUUGAAAAAUCGAUGGGCAAUUCUUCGAGAAACUAGUUGGUUCUCUCCUGAGGUUGUUACCCUAUUAGUGAAUGCAUGUUGCUUGCUGCAUAAUUUCAUCAAGAUAGAGCAGGGAGUUGAUUCAUUUGAAAGAGAUUAUAGGGACAAAGAACCUGAUCAGCAUCCUUCAUCUGUGGUGGAAGAAAUUGAGCUGCUCUCCGAAAUUAGUCCUGCACAACUUUGGACUCGGUUCAGGGAUUCAAAAGCAGUAGACAUGUGGGAGAACAGAAGUAGUAGAUGA